AUGGCCCCUUCCCUCUUCCGUCUCGGUGCAUGGCUCGCUGCCGCAGCCGGCUCCGUCACCGCCGCUCCCCUCGAACGCCGCGCCGUCAUUGAUCAUGAUGCCGUUGUUGGCUUCCCUGAGACAGUUCCCUCAGGCAUCGUGGGCAGCUUGUACCUCAAGUACAAGCCCUACCUCAAGAUCAUAAACGGUUGCGUGCCCUACCCUGCUGUGAACGCCGCUGGUGACACUAGCGGUGGCCUCGCUCCUACCGGCUCUCCGGAAGGGGGGUGCUCCUCCAGCACCGGCCAGGUGUACGCCCGCGGCGCCACCUACAACGGCGCCUUCGCCAUCAUGUACUCCUACUACAUGCCCAAGGACUCGCCCUCCACCGGCCUGGGGCACCGCCACGAAUGGGAGAACGCCGUCGUCUGGCUCUCCGCCGCCACCGACUCUGCCACCGUCCUUGGCGUCUCCGUCUCCGCGCACGGCGAGUACGACACGAAGACCUCUGGCAUCGACUUCACCGGCAACAGCCCCCGCAUCGGCUACCGGAGCAUCUGGCCCGUCAACCAUCAGAUGAUCUUCACCAGCGAAGUCGGCGACCAGCAGCCCCUCAUCGCAUGGGAGUCCCUGACCCCCGCCGCACGCACAGCGCUCGAGAACACCGACUUUGGCAGCGCCAAUGUGCCCAUGAAGGAGGCCAACUUCGACGACAACCUCGGCAAGGCUGUCUUAUUCGAUCGCAAUGCAUGUGAUAAAGGGCGAACGCUGCUGACCGUGCAUGCGACCGAGGCUUGGAGUUGCUUGGAGAUCGUGCAAGGGGAGUUCUUGCCGCCUGCCGAAGAGGGUAAUGGAACUCCGAUGCAAGCAACUCAAAUCGCUGAAGACCAUACUGCACAUCACAAUCAACUGACGGCGGGUUAA